CUGAAAAACAUAGCUAUUGAUAGUAUUGAAAUUGCGGACAAAACACCAUUGCAUUUAGCUGCAAGGCAUAAUGCAUGUGUAGCAAUUAAAGCUCUGGUCCAAAACGGUGCUAUGCUUGAUAUUGUCGAUAGUAAUUCAAGAAUGCCUUUGCAUUAUGCCUGCGAAUAUGGCUGCAAUGAAGCUGUCGAGACGAUUUUAUAUGAAGCCGAUGUUAUGAAAACGACCAAAACUAUAAUUAACGCUUAUGAUAAAGAAAGAGCAACUCCGCUGCACUUAGCAGUAGUAACUUGUUCUGAAGAUACUAUUCAUAAAUUGGUAAAGCUAUGUAUCGCAUUUGGAGCAGAUAUAGAGAGCCAGUCGUCUGAGCUAUUGACACCGUUGCAUUUGGCGGCAUUAAAUGGGUAUUACGAAAUUGCAGAAAUUCUAAUCAAUAAGGGUGCUAAAGUUAAUACUCCUGAUUCGAAAAACAAGACAUGUUUACACUAUGCUGCUUUAAGUAAUAAUGCAAAACUGAUGGAUCUAUUACUAAGCCACGGAGCCCUGAUUGAAGCUAAAGACAUAAAUUCUCAAACACCAUUAAUGGCAGCAGCCUGUCAUGAUUGCGUGGCCGCAUUACAGUUUCUGAUACAAAACGGUGCUAGCACUUCCGGACAAGAUAAAGAUGGCAAGACAUGCCUCCAUUUAAUUGCAGAAAAGGACUGCAAGGAGACUGUGGCUAUCAUUUUAGAAACAGAGCAGAUAUCUCAGACUAGGCUAGAAAACCUAACGAGCGUAUCUUUAAAUAAUUUACAGAUUUUAGGGCGUAUGAUGGCACGAUUUCAAGAAUCCAUCAGGCAGCAUCAGGAUUGUGAUGGCAAUAAUAUCUUACAUUUAGCAGCAUUGAAUAAUCAUCGUGAUACAGUUGCAGUUAUUAACGAUCAUAUGCCAUUUGUAAACGUCAAUGCACGCAAUUUCCUUGGGCAGAGACCUUUACACUUAGCAGCAUUGAAUGGCAAUAAUCGAGUUAUACAUGCUUUAAUUAAACGUGGAGCUAGCGUUGACUCCAGGGAUAAUUCUGGUUGGACUCCCUUACAUUAUGCCUCUAAUUAUGGCUUUGAGACUAGUGUCGAAUUUUUACUAUCUAAUGAAGCAGCUGUUGAUGCUUUUAACGAGGCAAAGAAAACACCAUUGCUGUUAGCAUGCGAGAAAGGAAAUACAGAAGUAACUAAAUUGUUAUUGGAAAAUGGCGCAGAUCCAUCUAUUAGAAACGAUAGGGGCCAAAACUGCUUAGAUAUCGCCUGUGAAUUCCGUUAUAACGAUAUCGGACUAGCUAUCAUAGAAACAAAAUACUGGGAAAGAGUUAUGAAUAAUAGAGCAUUUGAUGGUUACAAUCCGAUGAAACGAUUAAUAGAACGACUACCCCAUGUUGCAGAGGUGAAGAUUCUACAAUAA